AUGUUCUCUGGAGGGCAGCAGCCUUUCCAAGCCUUGCUGACUGUCAGGGGUGUGUGGGCAUCCAGAUGUGUCACCCACAGCUGCCAGGGCAGGGCUGGGCUGCAGGCUGAGCUGUGCUUUUGGCAGGCCUACCUGUGGGACAGCAACAAGGACCUGGUGGAGUGGCUGGAGAAGCAGCUGACGGAGGAGGAGGGCGUGCGCUCGGUGGUGGAGGAGAACAUCAAAUACAUCUCCAGGGAUUAUGUGCUGAAGCAGAUCCGGGGCCUGGUCCAGGCCAAUCCCGAGGUUGCCAUGGAUUCCAUCGUGCACAUGACCCAGCACAUCUCCCCCACGCAGCGAGCCGAGGUGGUGCGGAUCCUCUCCACAAUGGACUCGUCUUCUUCCACGUAAUGGGCCCGCCCCGCCCUGCC